GGACGUAACUUUAGGGUGCAGACCCGGAGAGCGCCUGCGGGAGCGGAUCAGCCAACCAGCGCCCACACUUCGGGGCAAAUGACUCCCGUCUGCCGUCGCCCCGCGCUCGGCUACCACUUCUUUCCGUGUCUGCUCAGCUCAGUGUUUAAAGACACGCGCAGCGCAGCGCGGAGAGCAGAGGCCGCGGGGCCGCCCCGGCCGCCGUCCAGCACUCGCAGCCUCAGUCGGGACUGCCGCGGCGCCUAUUUAAAAUUUUGGCGGCUGGGCUCAUUCUGCUUCCACUUGUUCCCGCUGCUGCUGUCUCUUCUCUUCUCCUGCUCUGCCAUGCCCUGCUCUGAAGCGACACCCAACAUCUCCCCCAGUAAGCGGGCUCGGCCUGCGGAGGAUGCCAUGCGACUCCGCUUUGUCCGGCUGUCGGAGCACGCCACUGCCCCGACCAAGGGGUCCGCGCGGGCCGCGGGCUACGACCUGUACAGUGCCUAUGAUUAUACAGUACCUCCUAUGGAAAAAGCCCUUGUGAAAACGGACAUUCAGAUAGCGCUUCCUUCUGGGUGCUACGGAAGAGUAGCUCCCCGUUCUGGCUUGGCUUCAAAACACUUCAUAGAUGUAGGAGCUGGCGUCAUAGAUGAAGAUUAUAGAGGAAAUGUGGGUGUCGUGCUCUUUAAUUUUGGCAAAGAAAAGUUUGAAGUCAAAAAGGGUGAUCGAAUUGCACAGCUCAUUUGUGAACGGAUUUUUUAUCCAGAAAUAGAGGAAGUGCAGGUUUUGGAUGACACUGAAAGGGGUUCAGGAGGUUUUGGUUCUACUGGGAAGAAUUAAAAUUUAUGCCAAGAAUAGAAAAUGAGAAAACAUACUUUUUCUUUAAAAAAGAAACAUUUUGCUUAAAGUGUUUUGGUGUUUUGUACUUCUGUAAACUUACUAGUGUUAGCUUCUAAAAUUGGUUGUCCGAGGAUUAAGGAAAUAAUACUUCAGUUGGGUCACAAAGAAACGUACUUGCUUGUGUUUUUAUACAUUUGAUUGUUGUAUUAAUCGGUGUCCCCAAGUGUUUAUUUUUUUUUAAUCAAAUGUAUAUCAAAUACAGGUCCAAAAAUCCCUGUAUUAUUUAAUUCACUAAAUGCUGCCUCUUUAUUAAAUUGCUUUGUAAAUCAUAAGUAGUACCUUUCAUUCCAUAAAUUUGAAUUCUUUCGCAGAUACAAAUUAUUUCAUAAAGUGAACUAAAAAGAUAAGUUGAAGUCACUUCUUGUCCGUCCCUUCUCUUCGUUGCUCUCAACAAUGGUUUUGAUCUUAAAAUUCUUUGUGACAUUGGGAAGAAGAGCAUCCUCAGGUUAUUUUUUCAUUUUUAUUUUUAUUUUUAAUCAUCCUUUUGGUAGGCCCUGAUUGGCGGGGUAGAACUAUGUUUGUGAAAGGAGAUACAACGCAGGGAUUUCCAGUUGAUUUGUCCUUCUGAUUUCAUUCCAUCAAAUAAACGGUACAAGUUGUAUGCGUUUCUCUCCGUGGCAAUAAUAAAGCAUAGCCAAGAAAGUAGGCAAUUUAAUGGGGAUAAAGUAGAGUAAUGAUGUGUGUUUUAGGCUACUGGGCUUGCCCGUCCCAAGUACUUUUGAGUUAAUACGUGGGAGCAGCAUUUCAUCCCUGGUAGGGGCUUGAUUCUAUGGAUUAGUUUGUGAUUAAUAGAAUUUGCAACCGUGUAGGCGUGCCCUCCUGCACUGUGUUGCCCAGGCCUCUGCCCAAGGGCUGUGCACAUCCCUCGGUUUUGCCAGUCAGAGGCACUAGCGGGAGGCUCAUAGACGUUGUUCUGUGAGUGUGGGUUGUGCAGAUGGAGUGCUUCUGGAGCUGACAGCACUCCGCCGCCCCGCUCCUGGGAGCCCAGGCUAGAGUGCGUGUUUUCCGUCCUUCCAGUGAUUCUUUAGACCGCUUUGUGACCUGCAAUAUAGCAUUUUCCAUCUGUGGGUCACAAUUCAUUAGUGAGUCAUGAAAUCCACUCUAAUGCAUUUUUAAAAAUGAAAUCGAGAAACAACAGGGACAGCACAUGUCCGUUGGGUAAAUACUGUGAACAUUGUUUGAAUUACAUAGUCAUGUGUUCAUGUGUAUACUGGGUCAUGAUAUAAAUUAUUUCUGCAGUCAAUAAAAUUUAAAUAAAUCUCA